CCGGCGUCCCCGGCCAGCCGGCCGGCGCCUGGAAGAGGCGGGGCACAGCGAGGCAGAGCAGCAUCGCGGGGAUGGCGGAGCUGCGAGUGUUCCCCUUGGCGUGCGCCGUGCAGAACUACUCCUGGGGCAAGCUGGGCCGGGACAGUGAAGUGGCCAGCCUCCUGGCAAGCAGUGAUCCAAUGAUCCACAUCGAUGCGGGCAAGCCCUAUGCGGAGCUCUGGAUGGGCGCUCACCCCAAAGGGGACGCCGUGAUUCUAGAUAAUCGCAUCCCGCAGAAGACCUUGCGGCAAUGGAUUGCGGACAACCCCGACUGCCUGGGCACCAAGGUCAAGGAGGUCUUCCAGGGCCAGCUGCCCUUCUUGUUCAAAGUGCUGUCCGUUAACUCGGCCUUGUCCAUCCAGGCUCACCCCACCAAGGAGCUGGCAGAGAAGCUUCAUGCCCAGUAUCCAGAGCACUACCCAGAUGCCAACCACAAGCCGGAGAUGGCCAUCGCCCUGACGCCCUUCGAGGGCAUGUGUGGCUUCCGGCCUGUUGAGGAGAUUGUGUCUUUUCUCCAGAACGUUCCUGAAUUCCGGGCCCUGAUCGGGAACGUGGCAGCGGAGCAGCUGGAACGCUGCGCUGGUGAAGACCCCCGGGGUGUCUCUGCCGCACUGCGCAUCUGCUUCACCCGGAUGAUGAAGAGCGAGAAGAAGGUCUUUGUGGACCAGCUUAACAUGCUGGUGAAGCGGAUUUCUCAGGAAGCAAAUGCAGGGAAAGAGACUUCUGCCAGCUGUGGGGAGCUGCUCCUCCGCCUCCACUCCCAGUACCCCGGAGACAUCGGCUGCUUUGCCAUCUACUUCUUGAACCUGAUGAAGCUGCAGCCCGGGGAGUGCAUGUUCCUGGGUGCCAAUGAACCCCACGCCUACCUCUACGGAGAUUGCAUCGAGUGCAUGGCCUGCUCUGACAACACGGUGCGUGCCGGCCUGACGCCCAAGUUCAUUGACGUCCUCACGCUGUGCGAGAUGCUCAACUACACGCCAGCCCCCGGCAGCUCCAAGCUCUUGAGCCCCGUCCAGAGCCGCCUGGACCCGUGUGUCUACCUCUACGACCCACCUGUCCCAGACUUCUCUGUCAUGAGGAUAGAGAUUCCUUCCUCCAUCAAGCUGUACCUCAUUUCGGCCAUCGACUCGGCCAGCAUCCUGUUGGUGGUACAAGGAACUGCUGUCGGCACCUCCACUGCGGCCGCUUCAGAAAUGGCUGUCCGCCGCGGCUCUGUGCUCUUCAUCUCCGCCAAUGAGAGCGUCUCCUUGCACCUGUCCGCACCUGACGGGAUGCUGCUCUUCCGAGCCUGCUGCCUCGUAUAAUGUGGGGGCGCUCGCCUCUUCCUUCUCUUGCUGAGACUCCGGUAGAAAUGGCUCUGUGUCCUCUGCACAGCCGUUUACUCCCCUCACCCAUCAAACCACUGUGUCAAAAGCCCAAAGCAUUGGCGCCCACCCCUGUAUGGUGGGUCCUUGUUCCCCACACAGCUUGACACUAUCCAGGGAGAACCCUCCUGCUCCUGUAACGGUUGCUGUAAAACAUGUGGCUGGGAAUUCUCCAGUAGACCUCGUCGUUUUUUUAAAAAACUGCCAUCUC